AUGGCCAGCCGCACGAGGAAGGAAUUCGAUAUCGUGGUUGUGGGCAGCGGCGCGGGUCUCACCGGCAUCGCAGUCCCCUCAGCUCGCAACGGCCUUCGCGUCUGCCUCAUCGAGGAGGGUCCCCUAGGCGGCACAUGCCUCAACCGCGGCUGCAUUCCCAGUAAGAUGCUGCUGCACCCGGCUGAGGUGGCGCAGGAGAUGGAGGAGUGCCAGAAGCUCCAUCUACGCACGCACGGCGUGGAGCGCCACCAUCAGGCGCUUGUGGAGGAGGUGUGCAACCACAUUGACAAGGCGGCCGAGAACUGGAAGCCCAAGGUCGAAGAGCACGGCAUCCACCUCAUUCAAGACCACGUCACGUUCGUGGACAAGCGGGUGCUCCGGGUGGAGUCCACCGGCGAGGAGAUCACCGCGCCCAAGAUCUUCAUUGCUUGCGGGGCACGCCCGGCCGCGCCGCCGAUCGACGGACUCGAGAGCACCCCCUACAUCACCUACGUCGAAGCCUUGCGCAUGACCAAGAAACCCAAGUCGGCGUGUGUGAUCGGAGGGGGCUACAUCGGCGCGGAGCUGGCCUUCUUCCUCCACGAGAUGGGCAUCAAGGUGACGGUGCUGGAUUCCAAGGCCAACCUGGCCGACCGAGAGGACGAGGACGUGGCCGAGGAGUUCAUGAAGGUCUUCACCUCCAUCGUCGACGUCAAGCCCGAAGUCAACAUUACGAAGGUGCGCCACAACGACGGUACGUUCACUGUCGAGUACGGCGACGAUCAAAAAACGCAUACCAUCGAAGCCGAGCAGCUGCUUGUCGCCACCGGCGUCCAGGCAAACUGCGAUAAGCUUCAGGUGGAGAAGACGGGCGUGGAGUUGACCGAGCAGGGGAUGAUUAAGGCGGACGAGUGCCUGCGCACCACCUGCGAGGGCGUGUGGGCUCUGGGCGACUGCGUGGGCAACUUUAUGUUCAGGCACUCGGCCAACUUCGAGGCCGAGUACCUCCUUCGCUCCGCCGCGCUUCCCAAGGACACGUCGAAGCAGCAGCCCAUCGACUACGCCCCGAUGCCGCACGCAGUCUUCUCGUAUCCACAAAUGAGCGGAGUGGGCAAGACCGAGCAGGAGCUCAAGGAGGAGGGCACUGGGUACAUCAAGGGAGUGGCGCUGUACAGCAAAACGCCGAUGGGCAUGGCACUCCGGGCGAAGCACGGGUUCGCCAAGGUGCUGGUGGACAAGGCAAGCCGAAAGGUGCUGGGCUUCCACGUCAUUGGAUCCGAUGCGAGCAAGCUCGUCCACGAGGUGAUCCCGGUCAUGACCAUGGGCGGCAAGCUGGACGACAUCCUCAAGUGCAUCCACAUCCACCCGGCCAUGAACGAGGUGGUGCGGGACGCCUUCCGUGAAGCACGCGACGCCUUCCUGGAGCAGAGGCUUGACAUCCCUGAUGAUAUUCGCUACAAGUAA